AUGGUGUUUCGCAUGUUAUCACAGUCGUUCGUUUCACUGCUGCUUACUCUGUCUCUGUUGUCGGCUGCCGUCAUGGCAGCUAUGACGACUCAAAUUACCGUGGUAACAAAUGUUGCAGGGGCUUUGGUUACCGAAACCACAAUAUGGGACCCUGCUACCGCUGCUGCUGCUGUUGCUGCUGCUGCUGCUCCCACAACCACCGCGCAAACAGGUUUCUUCACUACUGUGUUCACAACUACCAACGAUGUCGGAACCACAGUCACUUUGACUCAAACAGUCAACAGAGCCACCAUGCUUCCAACGACCACUACUUCCACAUCGUCUACCGGUAAGGCUACUACGACUGUUCCAACAGCAACUUCAUCGUUGUCUUCAGGACUGUAUUUAUCAACGGUUACCACGACAAACGAUUUAGGUUCCACAGUGACCUUGAUUCAGACCUUCACACACUCUAGCACAAGUGUUAGUUCAUCUGCUGCUUCUUCUGCCUCUUCCUCUGUUUCUUCCUCUGUUUCUUCCUCCAGUGUAAAAUCGACCCGUUCAACAGGAAGUGCAGUAGUAGAAGCUGGCACCAGGCCAGAUCCCUCUACAGAUUUCACAGAGCCACCAGUUACUGCUGUCACUACUCUAUCUAUUGAGUCAUAUAUCACAAUCACGGAAGGUACAACUUCUACUUACACAACCACGCGUGCUCCCACCUCUAUGUGGGUCACCGUUGUCAGACAGGGAAAUACUAUUACUGUUCAAACUACAUUUGUUCAACGCUUCUCGUCGCAGUACGUAACAGUUGCUUCUCCCUCCGUUGGGUCCAUCGGAAUGGGUACUUUAACCGGUACUAUAGGUGUUGUAAAAUCUGCAAUGAAGAAAACAGUUUCUCAUAACAAGGCUCAGCAUCUAAGUAUGAGCUCAUUUACUUCAAUCUUGGGUGGGCUAUUAACGGUUUUAAUUUGGUUCCUAUAA